GUGCAUGGGGCAUUGUUGGUAGUGAGAGGUAACGCUUCCCAUGAAAAGCAGCUACUCGAGCUCGGGAUUGAGAAAAUUGAUCUAGUCGUUGUUAAUUUGUAUCCUUUCGAGACCGCAGUUGCGUCCCUUGGGUCGAGCUUAUCGGCUUGCAUCGAGAAUAUCGACAUCAGAGGUCCGUGUAUGAUUCGAGCUGUUGCCAAAAACUCUCAUGGCGUUUGCGUCAUCACCAGUCCUUCCGAUUACGACGAACUAGUCAGAGAGCUGGCGACUAACAACGGGAUUGCCCGAGUCAGGCUUACCAGGGGCAUGGUAUGCAAAGCCUUCGCGUUAACAGCGAG